AUGGCAAGUUUGCCUUUUGAUGGUGACAGCAGUCCAACAACGCUGCCACAUGUGGUUCAUGCCUUCACUCGGUCCGCUCUGGUUAGGUCUGUCUCCGAGAGCGAGGCUUCUUCUCACUACGAUUCUUCUCCACCACGGUCUUUCGCACGCCCUCCAAAAGUCCCCUUAGUCGAUCCUUCCCAGUUUCCAGACCCUUACCCACAGCGUUUGCCAUACAACCGCACUUCCGACAGAAUAUCCUCAUCUAUCCCCGGUCUUUCGUCUGCAGGCUCAUCAUCCGCCUCUACGCGUUCAUCAGCUUACGCAAGCUCAGGAAGUGCCCUGGCCGCCAGCGAUUACGGCCACGUCCACAUUGUCUCCGGUGACGAGGAGGAAAUUGGCAUCGCCGUCGAAGUUACUUCGGAUGACGUUGCAAGGGCCCUCGCAGUCGAAAGUAACACAUCAUCAUCCGCUGGAAGGACACCCAUAGAUCAGACGCGUUGGUCGGAAUACUCAGCGAGUAUCAGAUCAAGAUCCUCUUCAAUUGGGCACAUUAAUGUUCAGCCUCUCCACGAGAGUAUUGCACCCAAGCUGCGCGAAAAUCCAAGUUUCGACAUGGGCUGGCAGACAGUGGAUGAGAGAGACGAAGCUGGUCUUACUAGCGGUGACGAAACUGAUGAUUUGUGCGAAGAGGAAGUGCCGACCGAUGAGAAGGGCGAGGAGCGUACGUCUGCGAUCGUGGUGGCAGAAGAAGGCCGAGCCCUCAUUGUAAGGGGAGACCGAAGGUCGAUCUCUCAGUUAAACGUCCACGCAGAUACUACCCACCUCCUUAUUGGCUCUUCUAGUACCCCAAACUCGGUGCCCUCUUUUCUCGCAAGCGUUUUACCUAGGAUAUGGCAUACUCUGCUCGCGCUGGACAUUUCAGCCAACUUCCUCGUCGCUCUACCUCCGGCUCUCGCUUCCUGCGAAAAUAUGGAGGAAUUGAACAUCGCUUCAAAUCCGCUGCGCGUCUUACCGGUCUUCCUUUCACACCUAGUAUCUUUGCGAGUGCUCAUCGCGGAUGCGACGGGAAUCAGUACCCUCCCAGACUCGUUAUGUGGGCUUGACAGGCUACACACGCUCAGCAUCCGGCGAAAUAGGAUGCAUUCCCUGCCUAGUUGGCUAUGUCUCUUACCAUCCCUCCAGGAGCUAUAUCUUGACGGCAAUCCGUUCCAAGGUCCGUGGCAAGCCCUGGUGGAACCACUCCUUUCCAAGGUUCCUGCGACCCCUCUUUGUCCCCCUGUUUCUGCAGCCCCUUCGACUUCUACUCCACCUUCGCCUGUCGAAGCGGAGACGGACACCGACGAUUCUGAGGUUGCUGAUGCCAGUGUGGGAACAAACUUUUUACAAUUAAAUGAAGAUGAAACUAUCACGCCCUCUCGAGCACCUCCCCUCGAGCGAUCGGUGACGUCUCCUGGCAUUAUUCCUAUUCCCCCUGUCCCCCCAGUUUCCGACCGAGGCCUCACGCGUACGAGGACCACUCCCAAUAACCGGGCGUACAGUUCCAAAACCCGUCCGCAAAUGGCGAUCGCUGAUAAGGAUUUUGGGUCGGCUAAUGCACCCGUGCGUGGGAAUGACUCGGAUCAUCUCGCCGACCGCGAACUUCGGAAGAUGAAGAGUGCAGGGGAGCUUAGGACAAGUUUUGAGCGGCCUCGCGAGGCUAUACAGCCGCCUCUAUUAGCGACGCCUAUCCGACCCGCUAUCUCCGCGUCGGCGUCUAGUUCCAAUUUGUUGAAUAUGUCCUCGGGGUCUACUGAAACUGACCGAGUCGUGGGGCCAAAACGUUAUGCGAGUCUGGGUGUCUCUGUGCUCACCCCUGUCCGUAGCUCAUCUAGGCCGAUGUUGACACAGAGUCUUUUCGACAAUAAAGCCGAGGGUUCCGAGGCCGUCAGCAGGUUUGGCCAAUCACCAGUGGUCUCACCCCCUACUUCGCCCCCGCGUUCGUCUACCAUUCAAGAUAUCGGCUAUGCAACACCCAGCCCCAUGGAGCGACAUAGCAAUUUGCGUCACGCGCAAACUAGAGACAACAAGGAGAAGGAGCGAAGCAGCCGAUGGGGAUUUUUUAAGAAGAUGUCGAUGGGAAAGAUGAGACCUGAUCCGCCUGUAAAUCUGCGACCAAGCACCACCUAUGCUCGCCUAUCUCGCCCUGAUGGCUCAGGCAGUCCAAAUACAACGUCAAGCUCUUCGCCUCAAAUUGAUGUGCGGUUCUCGACGACGGGUUCAUUGGGUCCAAUGCCAAAUUCGACGCCAAUAGUUGCACUGUCGACACCAACGAAGGAAGAAGUGCCUGCUCCAGUCUCAAACACAACCCCGCCUCCGUCUUCUGCAUCUGGCAGCCUCCUUGCCCCACCUAUGUCCCCUGCUCCGCGGGCCGCCAAACGCAGGAGUUUCUUGCCUAUAGAUGGGAGUACGGUAUCAAGCUUGAUGAUUCCUUCUCCCACUUCGUUUAUUUCCGGGACAACACUUGUUGGUGAAGCAGAGAAAAUUACAGAGCCGAAUACCACACCCUCUCUAGCCGCUACACCUAUUGGUGUGAGCCAGUUUGCCAUACGCCGAGAGGAAGAGAGGGCGAAAGAAGCGUACACGCGGGCUUUACGUUCAGUUAUGGCUUACCUGCGUGACAUGAAUGACUUAUGUCUCUCUCAGGCUAAUCCUCUCAGCGUGUACGGGCAUGUAGGGGACGAGCCGCCACCGGUAAUUCGUUCUCGCAGGCCAACAGUGAUCGAUAGGACGCAAUCUGAGCCGUCUCCUGCCAUCUCACGGGCCGCCUCCAUUUCUGGUCAGCUGCGCUCUCCCGAAAGCAUUGCGGGCCUUCGAAGUGGUACGGCCUCCCAAACGAUGAGCAUUGCGACCACGGAUAGUAGCGGGUCCUGUGAGGAGAGGAAAUACAAGGAUGACAAGGGCAAGCGAGCACUUAUUGUUCGUGAGAUUGUUGAGACGGAGAGGACUUACGCUAAGGGGCUGCAAGAACUGGUUGAUAUCUACAUCAAACCAAGUGCUGCACCGGUUAAUCUUAUUAGUGGCGUGGGCUCUAGGGAGACCGUCAUCCCACAACCAGAGAGGAAAAUUGUCUUCAGCGGAGUUGAAGCACUAUUCUCUUUCCACAAAGAGAGUUUCCUUCCGGCACUCGAGAUGGCUGCAGCACCAUUGAUGAAGAACCCUGCACCUGGCGAAGAACUUGACCCAGAUGGCCAAUUGUCCGUGGAAGUGACAAAAGCGAUGGCAGACACCUUCCUGAAGCAUGCUGCAUUCAUGAAGAUGUACUCAUCAUACAUCAACAAUUUUGACAAUUCCGUUCAGCGCAUAAAAUGCUGGUCGACUGACCGCUCUCAAACGGCAGCAUCCAGUCCGUCUCCAACUGGUGCUGCACACGGUCUUGCUGCGGUCUCCGUCUCUGGAGCUGGCAACAUAGUUGAUCCAUCAGCGACAGGGAGUGUAGCCACCCUCACGUCAGGGCAGAAAAGGCGUAUAAAAACGUUCUUGAAACGGUGCCGUAUGAAUCCACGGCAUUCACAACUGAAUUUGGAAGGAUAUCUGCUUUUACCUGUGCAACGGAUACCCCGUUACCGCCUGCUUCUUGAGGAACUGCUUCGAAGUACCCCCCCUACCUGCUUCACCGACGAUGCACUUGAUAGGGCUCUCUCCGAGAUAUCGUCAUUGGCAACUAAUAUGAAUGAGGGAAAGCGUCAAUCGGAGUGGCGGCGAAAACUGGUGCAAUGGCAAGCUAGGAUCCGUGGCAAGUUCCCCAGCCCGCUUGUGCAACCCCACAGGCGGCUCAUUAUGGACGGCCCACUCAUGCUGACUCGGGUCGUCCGCAAAACUGUUGUCUCCUUUGAAAUUUUCAAUGCUCAAGGAGACGCUUCUGCCGUGCAAGUAGAGUGUCUGGCACCCGAGUUGACACCUCGACCCUUAAUUGGUAUUCUAUGCAACGACCUUCUCGUACUCUGCCGCGACCCAAGCGACGGGAAGGAUCCCAUGUCGCCCGUUGACCUCUGGGCAGUCUUGCGCAUGCAAACGCUUCCCCAACCGGCUAGUAUCGUCCAUGGAAAUGCGUUGCGUAUUGUCGAUAAUAAAGCCAUAUUAUACUUCGAUGCACCUUCGCCUUCUGACGCCUUGAAAUGGUUUAGAGCUAUUAACCUUCAUAUCCCCGCAUCCAAAGCAUAG